AUGUACACGUUCUCGGCCCCACAGAAUUUCGUCGACAACACCGACCUCGACAUCGAGUCGGAGUGGAACACGCAGUACGUGCUGUCGGCGUCUGAAGCCAGCUCGCCCCUUUCACAUGUACACGAGCCUGCCUCGCCCUCGCCAGAGUUCCUAUACGAGUGCUCCUUCUGCAUGACGGCCCACCUGCCCGCGGCGCCUUGCGAGGAAGAGCACGCCUACACGUUGCAGCUCCCCCUGAACGCCUCGUACUCGUACCAGAGGCCGAUUUUCGUGCCCGAGCAGCCGCUGCUGAGCACGUUCUUGGAGUCCAACUACCGCAAGUGGCUCGUCUCUGUCACGCCGCGCUGA